UCUAUAUAUAUGAUAGUAUCAAUAGAAGUAUCACACACUCUCUCUAUAUAUACAUAAAGCUCCUUGAGUACGCAACAACUUUUGUUAUAUAUAUGUGCUAUUUUUUAUGUGCUUGAAGGUUUUUCUUCCUCUUCCAUGGAGGUUGGUAUGAUUCAAAUUCGGAUGGGUGAACAAUACCAAGCUGAAAUUCCUUCUUUAGUGUCAAGUUCUGAGUAUUCUUGGUUCCCAAAGAAUCCACAUAAUGCAAGCGACACUUGGAGUGAAAUAGAAAAAACAAGUUUCUUACUUGGCUUGUAUAUAUUUGGGAAGGACCUAAAUGAAGUGAAAAGAUUUGUUGGCAAUAAGACAAUGGGGGAUAUACAAGCAUUUUACUAUGGGACAUUUUACAAGUCUGACAAAUAUCAAAAAUGGUAUGCAUAUAAGAAAACAAAAAGAAAAGGCGACAAAAAUGCACCAAAAUUUUUCACAAGACAAAGGCAACAAGCGCUUUUAUAUCGUUUAUUACCAAUUGUAACUGAGGAAUGCUACAAUAAUUUACUUAAGGUAUCCAAGACAUUUGCAGAGGAAAAGAUGACUCUUAAAGAUUAUGUUUCAAAUUUAAAGGUUUUAGUUGGGCGUAAUGCUCUUGUUGAGGCAGUUGGGAUUGGUACAGAAAAAGAUCUUACAGUUCAUGCUACAUAUUAUGGGAAAUACACUCAUGCACAAUUUCCCUUGUGCCCAGAAACACCAUUAAGCAAGGGCUAUGAUAGGCUUUCAGUUGCAGAAAUAAUACACAUUCUCAAAGGCAAUUUAAGAUUAAGUAAAGCUCGAUCACAUGAUCUCUUUUGGGAAGCUGUUUGGCCACGUUUACUUGCUAAAGGAUGGCACUCUGAGCAUUCGGGUGGCAAUAAUGAUGUUGUUGCUUCUAAGAAGCAUUUGCUUUUCUUUAUCCCAGAAGUUAAUGAGUUUUCAAGGACAUUGGUGAAAGGCACUCACUUUUUUGAUUCUAUUCCCGAUAUCCUCAAUAAAGUGGCUUCAUACCCUGACCUAAUUGAGCUCCAAACAAUUCAGAGUGUGGAACCUGAUAGCAUAAGUGUUGUAGUUCCUACUGAGGCAAAAAGAUGUAAGACAUCAAACAUCAGUGGUUGUGCAGAGAGGAAUUUCAACACAGGACAUCAAAUGCAUCAACCUGACAUGGUCACCUUGAGGAGAAGCACAAGAACCACACAACCAACUAUAAGGUUGUUGGAAUCUUUUGCCUUUGAUCAUACAGAGAUAAAGGAAAAGUAGAAAGGGAGCAAAUCAGGUAUAGCUUGAGGAUGGUAGCAUGGAGUUGUUGGUGACCAUUUAUAGAUGGUUGGAGCUUGAGAUCGUUGAUCUGUAAACUUGUGUAUAGUAGUUAAACGAGCAUAAGUUUAUGUUUUCUAUUGUUGGACAUAUAUAUUUGUAUACUUUGGGACGUGUAACCCCAUAAGGGGAUUUCUUUUUACUGUUGGAUGAUUGGGAACUAUUACUUUUUUUAUAUUUUGUUUCAGUUGAUAGUUGAGAUCUCAUCUAUAUAUAGGUCUUGCAUAUGCAUGAUAUCGAUGUUUU